AGCAGCUGUCUGGUUGCUAGGGACUUGCAACUGUACAAAAUAAAAAAUGAAGACCAAUUGAAAAGUUGCUACGAAUUGGUCAUUCUUGAACACAUUAACACCCAAUCCCGGAGCAGUUUAUACAGGAACGCUGGGUAGGAGGGCAGAAUGAUGGGCACAAUCUCUCUAUGGAUUUCAAACCAAAUUACAUUUAUUCGAUACGUUAUUGUUGGUUUCCCUGAAGCUGAGGAUGAAUUUCCGCCCCCGUGGUCCCUGCAGUCGCCAUUUCCCACGUGGAACAUUUACUCCAAGGCUUUCCUGGUCACCUCCCUAAUGUGCUACCUGGUGGCUUUCUCCAUGCGCUUCUGCCGGGGGGCAAAAACCUCUGCAAGGGGAGUAUCUGCCCCUGUGUUAAAUGCCCCGGCUGAGUGGCACCGCCCCCUGCUGGCCUCUUGGAUUCAAAUGUUCGCUCUGUUCCUCGUCCUCUGCCUGUUCCUUUCCGUCCCGUGGGAGUGGGUGCGAUUGUACCAGAUGGAAGUGGCCAAGAAAACAUCAGUUCUCAGUGAGGGAAACAGGAGGCAAUGUGACAGGCAAGACCUCUCCCUGUGGGAAACAAUCAAGGUUCUGCUUUCUUGGAACUUUUCCUGGGCCAGCAACUCCUGUGAGGAUUACUACAAAGCCAUCAUCGUGGAUCCAUUCUGGGAAGUGACUCCUCUCAUGGCUAUCGGCUCUGCAGUCACCAGAACCAUCGUCCACCCAAUGGAGCUCCUUAGCCACGUACUGGGGCGGAGUCUCCGCAACGUCAUGAAAGAGGUUCCCAGCCAAUGGCAGUUGCCCGUUUUCCUUUUGCUCCCACUGGCGCUGGUGACAGUUCUUCUGACCGUCUAUUUGGGAAGAAACCGCUCGAUCCAGGUCACUUGUCAACCACCAACCGUGAAGCCCAAGUCAAAGAGCAUAAAAGCUUCGUAGGGUCCUGUUGCCCCUCAGCCUUGGGCGCGGGGGCUAUAGGGGCCCCUUCUUGUACAUAGGGACACUACUUAUUAAGGAACAAAGAGCAUCAUGGGUACUAGAUUUCCCCCGUACUGACCUGAAGGUCAACUCCAUGGUCUUCAAGUACAAGAAAGUCCCUAGAGAUGUUCAGCUCCAUGGAAUUGGCUCAUAGCAACGGGAAGUUGCCCCUCAGCUUUGGACGUGGGGGAUAAAGGGGCCCCUGCUUGUACAUAGGGACACUACUUAUUGUGGAACAAAGAGCAUCAUGGGUACCAGAUUUCCCACCGUACUGACCUGAAGGUCAACUCCAUGGUCUUCAAGGACAAGAAACCCCCUAGAGAUGUUCAGCUCCAUGGAAUUGGCUCAUAGCAACGGGAAGUUGCCCCUCAGCAUUGGGUGCGGGGGCUAAAGGGGCCCCUUCUUGUACAUAGGGACACUACUUAUUGUGGAACAAAGAGCAUCAUGGGUACCAGAUUUCCCACCGUACUGACCUGAAGGUCAACUCCAUGGUCUUCAAGGACAAGAAACCCCCUUGUGAUGUUCAGCUCCAUGGAAUUGGCUCAUAGGAACAGGAAGUUGCCCCUCAGCAUUGGGCGCGGGGGCUAAAGGGGCCCCUUCUUGUACAUAGGGACACUACUUAUUAAGGAACAAAGAGCAUCAUGGGUACCAGAUUUCCCACUGUACUGACCUGAAGGUCAACUCCAUGGUCUUCAAGGAUAAGAAAGUCCCUAGAGAUGUUCAGCUCCAUGGAAUUGGUUCAUAGCAACGGGAGGUUUUAGGGCAAUGGGGGUGAUGGGGGUCCUACCAUUAUGGGGGAGGGGGGUGUUGGGUCCUACCAUUAUGGGGGGGUUGUUUUAGACUGUUAGAUUUUCUACUUGAAUAAAACCAAAACUUACAUUGUUAUUCACGGAGUCAAAAAAUACAAGAAAAGAUUUAU